AUGGAUCCGCCAGGCACUCCUCCGCGGCCCCCAUACUCUCCAGUCACGCCGGUCAUGGCAUACACCAAUCUAACCCCAAUUCCAGACUCAGAGAGAAUGAUGCCACCGCCCGUAGUGCGCACUCCGGCGCCUGAGGCUCCGACCACGCCGGAUCUAGGCUCUGAUUCUAAAUCUCCUCGCGAUACCAGCGGAAAGCUCCCCGCUAGUUCGUUCCCGACAUCACUCUCCCCGGCUUUUGCUCCCGAGCCGCCACCGGUUCCUAUAUCUGAAUCAGAGAAUCCGGAUGCCAUCGCCCUUCGCUCGGCUAUAUCCGUCCUCCAGAUUCAAAAACAGCAAGCACUUCGAGAUAUUCGGACAUUGGACAAGUUGAAACAAGCCGCUGCGGAAUCACCGGAGACGUUUGCAAGGGAAAUUAUAAAAGGCAAUCUAGUAGUAUCGGGCGGUGAGAUGGAUAUUUUUAGCCUCCAAUCCCACGAAGGGGAUGGAGAGGAGAGCGACCAUGGGCACCAGAAAAAGGAAGGCCAAAACACGUCGCCUGCACUUGGCACGAUCCCAAAGCUUCAGAAUGUCGUGAGAAUGCCUCCUGUUAACUGGGCAAAGUACCAUAUUGUUGGUGAACCGCUGGAUAGAUUACACGAAGAACAAAGGCGCCGACCUUCUCUUGGAGAACCACGAAUACUGCGACAUGUCUCCGGAAUUUUCAACGAUCCCCAUUAA